GACGAAAGCGAAAGCUGUGGAGAAAGCUCUAGCAACCUCGAUCGCAGCUGGUACUACGAUCAGUUGGACGACGCAAUGCAGCAGCUGAUCAGAGUGGCGCGGACGUUGGGUCAGCGAUCGAGCGGCGCAUGGAGUGUGCGGAGAAUCGCCGGUGGAGACCGGGGAAUCGCCUGCCUAGCCGCCCUCCCAGAGACCCACCAGAUUCUGCAGAAGACUUGCCGUGAGUUCGCCAAUGCGGAACUGGUGCCUAAGGCCCGCCACCACGACCGGGAGGAGCUCUAUCCGGCGGAACAGGUCCGGCAGUUGGGGGAACUCGGUCUGAUGGCGGUGACGGUACGGGAGGAAUACGGUGGUUCCGGACUUGAUUACCAGGCCUACGCGAUUGGCAUGGAGGAGGUAGCCCGCGGUGACGCAGCCGUAUCAAUUGUGAUGGGCGUGAACAACCUGUACCUGGGUGCAGUGCAGCAGCACGGAACGGAGGACCAGAAGCGGGACUUCCUGGUGCCCUAUACCCAAGGCACUCACAUAGCUUUCUACGCAUUAUCGGAGCCUGGAAACGGAUCGGAUGCAGGAGCUGCCAGCACUACGGCCAAGUUGGACGGGGAUAACUACAUACUCAACGGCACCAAGGCCUGGAUAUCGAACUCCAAGGAGGCCAGCGGGGGAAUCGUCUUCGCCAGUGGAAAGUCUCUAAAGCACAAGGGUAUCACUGCCUUCCUUACGCCCAAGGAUGUUACAGGACUUACCAUAGCCAAAAAGGAAAGCAAGAUGGGCAUGCGGGCCACGUCGACUUGCCAGCUUGUGCUAGAGGAUGUCCAGGUGCCACGGUCCCAGGUGCUUGGAGCUCCCGGAGAUGGAUUUAAGAUCGCCAUGCAGUCCCUGGACUGCGGAAGGAUUGGUAUAGCCGCCCAGGCCACGGGAAUCGCUCAAGCUGCCCUGGAACUGGCCGUGGACUAUUCGCAGAAGAGGGUGGCCUUCGGGAAGCAGCUGGCUCGGAUGCAGCUCACACAGAAGCUGGCUGACAUGGCCACUCGGGUGGAGACCUCCAGGCUGCUCACUUGGCGCGCCGCUUGGCUGAAAGAUAAUGGGUUGCCAAUCACCAAGGAGGCGGCCAUGGCUAAGCUCCAUGCCUCCGAGGCCGCCACUUUCUGCGCCCACCAGUGCAUCCAGGUGCUAGGCGGGAUGGGUUACACCACCGAUCUGCCCGCGGAGCUGUACUACCGAAACGCCCGCGUCACGGAGAUCUAUGAGGGAACCUCGGAGAUCCAAAGGAUCGUCAUCGCCAACGCUGUGCUUCGGGAAUUGGGCAGGGAAUGAUUUGCAGUUCCUGCCCGACAAACCAGAAUUUUUGCAUUUACUCUUAUUUGAGAAAGCAGUUUUAGGUUGUGUGAAUGCCAUUAGUUAAUAAUCCUUAUCGUUUAUAAAAAAACAUAACUAUUUCUGCCACAACUAUACAUUUACAGAGACAAAUUGAAUUUUAAAUAAAAAAUGUUUCUAAAAUCGAA